AUGACCACCACCAUGAAAAUCAUGUCUUUUGCUAUGUUACUUGUUCUUUUGUUCUCUCUUGAUGUAGUCGUUGAAGGAUCAGAUAGUUCGUUGUGCUGUAACACACAUCCGAAAUUUGGAGCGUGCAAAACGUACCAAGACAGAAAGAGAUGCAACAAUUGGUGUCGUGAUGGAUGUUCUAAUAAGAAAGGCGGUUUUUGCAAACGUGUUGGUAGACUACAGCAAUGCCAUUGUUACUGUUAAAACAUCCCCAUCACUUAUAUUGGCUUAUUUGU